UAUCCAGACUUUUCAUAUAUGGUAGUUUAUUUAUGCCAUAUUUUCACACAUAAAACCCUAAUUUACACUGACAACUUUAAAUGAAACAUAAAUUAUCCUUAGCAGUGUAAAUAAUAGAAAAGGAAAAAGAAAUGUACCUAUACAGAGAAAAAAAGGACAAAAUUCAAGGCUUCACCGCAAGGCCUUAGAAUCACCAAUUUUCAUGCCAAGAUCUUUCCCACAUGGCAACAAAUUAUUGGAAUACAACUUUAUUUGGAAAAGAAAAAAGGGAUUAAAUUUGUAUGAUGUUGCACAUUACACUUUUAACCAACAAAACUAACUCAGCCCCAACAUUGUGCACAGCACAUAGUGAACUUUUUUUGAUCAUCUAGGUUUCAAACAAUGGCUUCCAUGACAAUGACUGCUUCAUUCAUGGGUGGCACAGCCGCAGCAGCCACCGCCUCCCGCCGUGUCAUGAUGGUGGUUAAGGCCUCCAAGGAUUCCCAGAGUGGAAAAAUGGUGGAAGAGAGAAACAACAGCACCAGAAGGGACUUGAUGUUUGCAGUGGCUGCUGCUGCUUGCUUCAUUGCCAAAGUUCCCGAGCCCAAACUUGGAACCCCAGAUGCUAAAAAGAAGUAUGCACCUAUUUGUGUUACUAUGCCAAAUGCACGCAUUUGUCACAAUUGAGAACUGGCAUUGCCUUUGUACAACUGCUUUUUUAAAUUAAUCUGGGAAGAAUGUAAAACCUGGUUCCUGUCCUAAUAUAUCUGCUUCCCUCAAGUAUUUUGAGCAUGCUACUUUAUGCUUUGCUUUAUUUUUAAUGCAAAUAAUCAGUUAUUAUGAACUCCUUUUUAAAUGUAACUUAAAUUUACUUUUAAGUAAAUCUAUGGUCUAGAAAAGUUAGGAGAAAUUACUACUACCUCCACUUUCAAGAGAAUCUAUCGCUUCAUGUCUCUUUGUCGGCAAAAAGAUCUGCCUGUGUGGGAAACCCUCCCAUUUAUCCACAAGCUCAUGAAGUUUCUCCAUACGCUGAACAAAAGAAGUUUACAUCUACAAUCUUUAUAAGACAAAUUUUUAUUUAUUUAAAUUUACAAGUCUGAGUCUUUACAUGACAGAAAUUAUGAAUGUGGACACUAAAACACGCAACUUUCACAAGAUUUAGAGUUGGUGGAUGAAAUGUCAAGCUACUCAAAAGCUAUGUUAUUUUUUUU